AGCAGCAACACCGAACAAGCAAACGCAAAUUGCAUUGAUUGCCGCCAACCGCCACCUGUUGCGAGGCGCACACACUAUUUUCAAGAAUAAACCAAGGAAAACCGCAGGAAACCCACCUGCUAGACAGGUUUUUUUGUUUGGUUCAAGGCUCCGUCCUUCACGAAGCGGUCCACAUUUUUUUUUUUCCCGGGUGCAUCGUUUUUUUUUUUAACCAGCAGCCAAUCGAUCGGUUCGGUCUAGACUGAUUUGUGGCCUUUUCUGCGACCCACCAUGGCUGCCAAUGACGUGAGUCCUAACAUCCUGAGUACGAGCGCGGACAUCGUCCGCUACCUAUUGGAGUUCGUGGGUGACGACUCGUACUUGUUCUUCGCUCCUGUUUGUAAGGGUUGGGAGGCCGCAUGGGGCAAAGGCCGCCCGGCGUCGACCCGUCCCGUCACGUUCGCCACGACGGUAACUCAGCUCACGUACAGCUUCGACAACGGGCUUCGGCGCCACGCCGGCCUCCUGGAGGAGGCAGCUCGCCUCGGGAGGCCAGACCUCUUGCGGUGCUGCUUGGAUUGCGGCUGCGUCUGGUCCCGCACGGUGCAUGCGAAGGCUGCCGAGGCUGGGCAGCAGUGCGUCUUGGAGUGGGCCCGUGGCCGAGGGUAUUCGUGGGACCGAAACAUGUGCUCGGGCGCAGCGAGGGGGGGUCACCUGGCUCUCCUCAAGUGGCUUCGCCUCGAGAACAAGUGCCCCUGGGACCACAGCGUUUGUUCCUCUGCCGCCCUGGGAGGCCACCUCGAGGUUCUUCAAUGGGCCACAGAAAACGGGGCCCCGUGGAAUGGUUGGGCCUGUCGAGGGGCUGCCCUGGGUGGCCACCUCGACGUGCUUAAAUGGCUGCGACGGAAUGGCUGCAGCUGGGAUGCAGACACUUGCGCCGGCGCCGCACAGGGAGGUCACCUGGCCAUCUUGCGGUACGCCCGUUCCCACGGAUGCCCGUGGGACCCAAGGGCCUGCUCGUCCGCGGCGCUGGGGGGGCACCUGGACGUCCUGAAAUGGGCGCGUUCCAACGGCUGCCUCUGGACUGAAUCCACCACGUGCAGGGCGGCAGAAGGGGGCCACCUCCAUAUCCUGAAGUGGGCGGCUGCGCACGGCUGCCCGAUGUCGUGCGAUAUUUGUAGCAAGGCAGCGAAGGGGGGACACCUGGACGUGAUCAUGUGGGCCAUGCAGCACGGGUCGGAGUGGGACAGUAACACGUGCCUGGAAGCGGCGCUGGGGGGGCAUCUCGACGUGCUGAAGUGGUGCAGAGCUCACGGAGCCCCCUGGCACGUCGACACGUGUUCCGCCGCAGCCGGUGGAGGCCACCUCGCUGUCCUGCAGUGGUGCCGACACAACGGGGCACCCGCCUGGGACGAAGGGACAUGCAACGCAGCCGCCAGGGGGGGGCACCUCCAAGUGCUGAAGUGGGCGAGAAUCAACGGGGCUCCGUGGGACGCCAAGGUCGCCAGCUGGGCGGCCAAGGGCGGGCAUGCGCCGGUGGUGCGGUGGGUUCUGGAGAACGGCUGCCCAACGGGCACGGGCGGGAGUCUGUACUAUUAGGUGGGGCGCUCCGGCUUCUUGGGUGCAGGAAAGCCAUUCUCCAUGUCAUUUUGAGUUCAUCCGGUGUGCGUCGAUGGUCUUUUCGUGGGAGUGGGCGUUGGAGCAAUGUCUGAAGACCGCAGUUAGGAAAAUGAUUUCAAGCUCAUGUAUGUCGGUGCUUGCUGGUCUGUUCUGGCGUUGUAGUUUGGGUCGGGGGGGAGGGAAAAACCCACCGUAUCCUAGUUGUUUGGACGACUUUGACUAGGUCGUUCGCUGAAUGUAUAUAGCGGUGUUGUCUUAACACAGCAGGUGUUCGUGACUGAUCAUUGUUUUCGAGUUUUGUUUCUCAUGUUCUGACAUAUUUUGUCCGCCUAUCUCGUGUCGUGAUUAGGCACCAAUCAUUGGUCACCGAUAUAAGGAGUGAGCCCUGUUGGCCCAUUUUUGUUUCUGUUUGCACGGAGGAUUAAAGACGCGUGGAAUCAUUCCAUGUAAGAGACAUCCUCGACCACCAACUAGAGACAUGGCACGGCUGGGACUGAUUUUCAAAGCUCGAGUACUAUAGUGGGUAUACUGCAAGGAAGAGUGGCUGCGCCGAAAGUGCUGGCAAUGGAACCGUCUCGUCGAGAGCUUUCCGGAGACGUACAUCGUCCCCGGCGUGGAGGGAUCGAGGUUUGAAAAAUCGACUCAGAGAGUGUGACAUCUCUUUCAUCACGAGUGCUGUAUUUGGAAGGCGCAAGCGGCAUCGCACGUGCGUUUUCUCAUGGGUAUCUCGUUUUAAUUCUAUUCUCUUCUGUUCUAUUCUUCAUAGGUAUGUCCUUGAUGGUCGUUGUACAGAUACGUCUUGUUCUUGGAAGACGACGGGCACCACUCUAAUAUUACGUUGUUUUAUCGUAGCGAGCGCCGCAAGGCGAUUGCAUGCCAAGGUUUUUGAGAGGUGGACUGACUGACACUCGUGUUGGCGGGUAAAGCUAGGCCGUAGUAAUGCGGUAUGCAUUCCGCUCCAGCGCUUUUUCCGUGUUAGAUGAUUGUUUUUUGUGGUAGAUCGGUUUCUCCCCGUGGUAGGUCGGGGUUCCUGGUGAGGCGCCGAAGACGACCGGUUUCGCAGCACUUCCAUUCCAGGCUUGUAAUAAUAAUAAAUUGAUACACGCGGGCGUGGUCGCUAUAGGUGUUUUGCUGCGAGUUGCGUGGCUUCCGGGGAGAGGAGGGUAACGGGAGUAUUCAUUUAGCUAUUCCCACGAACAAGCGGCACUGGGGCUUCACGUGGACGCUCAUUUAAAUACGACCUUGUCGUGUGAUAGCAAGCAAGCCCAGCCGCAGGAGCUGAAAAGUAUCGAUACACAAUGCCUGCCGGUACGAAUCGUGAUUCGUUUUUGGUUUUGAUUUGUUGGGUUCGGGCGCUGCGUCCGUGGAACACGAUCAGACGGAGGCGCAACGGUGUCGUUCAACAUAUUUUUGUUGUUUUUUUUUCGGGGGAAUUCGUCGAUUACCUGCGUCAAUUUGAUUUGGAGGAAGGGUCGCGUCUGAUUCUUAGCUGAUGGUUGGUCUACGGUUGAUAGCCUCCGAUUUGUGGCUACUGUACAACCGUGUUAUUUCGUCCUGUGGCUUAAUCUUUCAUAUCAUUACGAAACGUCACUUUUCCCCUUGUCAUCCACGGCUGGGCUGGUGGUAUCUAUAUAUCAACACGAUCUAUUUUCUCUAGGGGGGGGGGAGUGAGUGCGGUGCGGACUUGAGUGUGCCCUCCUAGAACUACCGCUCGACGUUCAAGUUGGUUGACGCGGAUUCUGUGGCUGGGUGUUGGGGGGGUAUGAUGUAGUAUUAUUCAUCGUCCCCCCCGUAGAAGUGGUCCUUAUUACGUCCCCAAGAUUCCAAGGGAAACGGGUGAAGAUAAUCAAAUGUGGGGGGUAGACACCGUCUGAGAAGAAGUGAGUUGCGUGGUGUGUCGCCUCGUCCGUGUGUUGUUUUUGGUCGUUUUCCAGUGGCUGUGUUGCAUUCGUUGUUUUCUAAGCAAGUCGUAUUUAUCUGGUAGGACCAGGGAAUGCGUUGUGGAAACGCAGCAUGUGCAUUUUCGUGGUUGUAUAAACAGGGGGAAAAAAAACGAUGGAAGAAAUCGGUCGAAACCAUCCUAAGAGCUUUGUCGUUGACAGGACGUGUUGGGCAUGUAGCACAAGCGAGUGAGGGGUGCUAGAAUGGUGUUAACCAACGCCACUGCGUGCAACCAGGGGUGAUGGUGCACUAAAUGCCUAUUGUUGGACGAGUGGAAGUGGCACGGAAUAUUUAUUGGGUGGUAACGAAGACGGUCCAAAGAAAUCCACGAAGUAGUGGGGUAUUCGAUGUAUAUUCGGUUCUUGGCACGGCGUGGCACGAGAAGCAGACAUGGUGGUAUGUUGUAGGUGAUUCUGUUUGGUAGCGAAGCGCUGGGUGGCGGCAACGGACCCGAGGGAUGCCUCUUGCAGACGUUCCAGGUCAAAGAAGAAAGAAAGAAACUGAGUGUCGAGCGCGGUUGAGAGGGAGCCUUGGCAGCUCCGCGCCUCUGGAAUCUCCUUCAAGGUUUGUCUUAGACGGCGCUAGAAAUCGUCGUGUAACAACGACGUAUGCAUAGCACGUGUAUGGUCGAUUCUGAUUACCACUUUCACUGAAUGAAGAAGGGCGGAAGUUAGAACUGCUAUGGUUUUGUGGAGAGAUCACAAGCUCGCCGGGUGAGCCCCUAGUGCGGCUGUAUUCUGGACCAUAGAAGAAUCAAGUCGGUCGCGAGACCCCGUGCCGAACACAUGCAACCAACUUGUAUUCGGGUUUUCUGUCGAAUGUGACGUUUUCGUCGGACCUGCUGGACGCACCCAACUCUCUGUUCGUGGCUUGACGGUGUUGGCCUGCAAAUUCGCAGUGCGGUCAUUGGUCUGCGUCUAUCACUUCGGUACAAAGGUUCUUGAGCCGUAAGUCGAUUGAAUCGGGCCCCAAGAAUCGAGCAGCGAUCGCAAAUGAGCAGGGUACCCGGUGUAGGUGAAAUACGGGUCACUGAACCCCCCGAGCCGGGAGGUGUCUCGUCGCUCCCCCGCCUUCCCGGUGGUUGGUGUUUUACAAGAGUGCGAUGAGGCAUGUACUGAAGUCGGUCCUUGCCCAGCAUGGUAACUAGUUAAAACGUGUUGCACUGCUGUGUCUGGUCCAAUUUGCUAGCCGUUCCAAGCAGUGUAGUGUAGUUCUUGUACGACGCCUAUGGCAGGAGUCACCAACAUGGCAGGCACCGUAAGGCGCCUGCUGCUAUCGACGCAUCUCCUCAGCAGUAGUGGGUCAGCCGAAAGUUUUCCUGCGGUAAAAGUCAUACUCGCUUCUUGCACUGGCUAAUACCAAUGGCUGACGUUUUGUCGUUGGAACGGAUGGUUCUUUUUUGUGUGGGGGGGGCACAGGUUGACCACCUGUAGAGUGAUGCCGCAGGAAGGGAGGGGCAUCCAUCAUGGAGGAGAAAAUGCACCAUCCGAUUGGUUGGGGAGAUAGUGUUCCAACAACGCGAGGUUGUGCUGGGGGUCACCACUGUGUCUGGCACUCGUAGCUACGGCAGCGACCAGAGUCUCGGAACAACGCGCUGCUUGCACUCUUGUGCAGAGGGAGGAUGGGGAAAAAGGCACCUACGAUUGUUGUGCACGAGGAGAGACAGGAUAGCACACAAAUUUCGUCUGAAUUUCUGGGCAGCGGGAGGCCCCAACCCACUCCUUGACAAGGUGGCUCCAAUUGCAGCUCGGGAUUUCUGCUGCGGCUAAGAAAACUGACC